AUGGGUACAGGACGAUCAGGAGCUGGCAGGGCUCGCGCUCACGUCAGGAAGAAGCAGUACAAGCGCGGCCACGCUACAAAGAACCGCGCGCGCGACAUUGACCAGAUCCAGGAUGACCUGUGCGUGGAGAAAGUCACCGGCAAACAGAUGGGCUUUGAGGUGGACGAGGACUUGCCAGGUCUCGGUCAGUUCUACUGUACGCCGUGUGGCCGCCACUUUAUUGACGGCAAGACACGCGACGUACAUCUGAAGACCAAGGUGCACAAGCGGAGAUUGAAAGACGUUGCCCAGAAGCAGUAUACACAGAGCGAAGCCAUGCAGGGCGCUGGAAAAGGUAUUGAGGUGUACAAGCCUGCUCAUCCAAAGGAGAGCAGCGAGAUGGACGACUUGUGGACUUUGCGUGGCGUGAUAGAAUGA